AUGACCGCACGCUGGCCCCUGUUCGUCUUCCACAACAUCCUCGACGUGUCCGCCUACAACGCCUUCGUGAUAUGGAGAGAGAUCAACCCCGACUGGAUGCCCGGCAAGCGGAACAAGAGGAGGGUGUUCCUCGAGCAGCUGGGAAAGGCGGUCGUGUCUCCGUUCAUGGAGAGACGUCCAGCACCUGGUUCUCCUGGUGUGCUGACGUGGAUCAGCGGUGCUCUGCCUCAGCGAGCCGUCUCUCCAAAGCUCAGUCGAGCUAACUCUACCAAGAUCGUCACCGUCUGGAUGAUUCUCAACCUCUGGUCGUCAAAGACAUCAAUGCUGGUUUCUAUUGUCUUGCACCACAGAAAAGGGAUGAUGGCUUGGAUCGCUCAGGGUCUGGAGAAAGUGGUCCCUCAGCCCGAUAUAAACAGGAAGGAGACUCCAGCAGCUCAGCAGCCCACUGAGGUCCAGCAAACAGCAGCUUCAACAGCUGCAGAGCUUCAGGUCCCUGUGGAGGAGGAGCUACUCCAAGAGGAUCACAAGCCACUGCCACCCAGUAUGAUGGGAUGGAUCGUCAGUGAGUUUGGCCGCAUGUUGCCUCAGCCGGUGCAGAAGCAGGAUGCAGGCACUGAUGAGGUGCAGAACAUAAACAUCGUACAGAAGAAGACGGACCUGGUGCUGGAGGACAUGGGACAGGACCAGGACAAAGAGGCUGAGCAGAAGAAAGAGGAUCUGACAGGAGAUGCAGAGGUGGCCAAAGUGGAUCAAUGCAGUCCAGCGAUGGACAACAUCAGGAAGGAUUCUGGAGAGGAGGUUCUGGCUUACAUGGAGGACAGACUGCAGCAGGACCAUCUGGAGGCAGCCCGCAUCGCAGAGGAGAUCGCCAGGAAGGCAGCGGAGGAGGCCGUCCGACAGCUGGAGGUGGAGCAUUCAGCUAAGAUUGUCAUCGAAACGCUGCCAGAGUCCAACGAGCAACUGCCCAACAUCCUUGAGGAGGAAAACGAGGACGAUCCAGAGAACCUGAUGGAAGUCUGUCCGGCUGAUGCCACUCCUUCAUCAACACAUGUGGAGCCAGUGUCAGAGAGGAGAGACCUGGAUAGUCCGGACUCCCAAACCAUCACCCAACAACCACAGUCACAAGCUCCAAUAGAUCAGGUGAUUGUGUUGUACCUGGCCAAUGCAGCAGAAGGAGAAUGUGGAGUUCCCAACGCUUGUUCUCCGAUAAAGAGCUUUCUGCUUCACUUCCCGCGCACUGCUGAGUGUCUGGAGAGCUGCUGGACACUGAUGCGUGACCAUUACCUCGUCCCUGCCAGACUGAGCCCGCCGCCGGAGCUUGCCCAGCUGACCCAGGAGCUCUCGCAGCUCCCCGGGCAGGCGCGACAGUGCUGCACGAGCAUCAUCCAGACCUUUGAAGUGCCAAACAAGCCACCUUCAUCCAAACCAUCCCACAUCCUCUUUCUCCUCUCUCCCAUCAUGCACUGCUGCCCUGCACUGCGCUGCGAGUUGACAGCUGACCUCAGGCCAGGGGGCUGUGCUGGAGCUGUGGGUGGAGCUCCAGAGCUGAGGGUGGAGGAUGUGGAUCAGGAUGUGGGGCAAGGCCUGAACAUCCCUAAAAUGACCACAACCCCAGAAUUCAGAACUCUGAGUGCCCCGCUGUCAAAGCUCAGUGCUGCAGGGGAUCUGUCUGCUGAUGUGGAUGAUAAUGAAAUGUCGACAACUGGUCUGAAGACCUGGUCCAGGCAGGGAGACCUGCUGACUGCAGACGAUGAGAUGAGUCCUCUGUCAGCAGCCAGCGUCGGCAGCGUGAUCAUCCAGGACCGUCUGAGCGAGCUCGUUAGGCUGUUUAAAGGUCGGACGGAGCGGCAAAAAGACCGGCUGGUGGACCCAGACGAGUCUGAAGAAGACAGUCCUUCAGCCUCACCGAGCAAAGCUCCUCCUCCUCCUCCACCUCCUCCUCCAGAAGAGAAGAAGGAUGAUGUCCCUCCAGCAGCAGAAGAGGAAGAGGAAGAGGAAGAGAAGGCGUUUGUGCUCCCCUUUGAACUUUUGGGACGUUCAGUUACAAUUCCUAAACUGCCCAAACUUCCCCCGAUGCCGUCCUGGGUCCAAGUCCUUGUGGAUUACCGCUUCCCUUCCAGCAUCGACCCGUUUACCGAUCUCAUCUACGUCCUCUGGCUCUUCUGUGUCGUGGCAGCGUGGAACUGGAACGUGUGGUUGAUCCCCAUCCGCUGGGCGUUCCCCUACCAAACUUCCGAGAACCUCCACCUGUGGUUGCUGAUGGACUACACCUGUGACCUCAUCUACAUCGCCGACAUCCUCGUCUUCCAGCCCCGACUGCAGUUUGUCCGCGGGGGAGACAUCGUGUGUGAUAAAAAGGACAUGAGAGAAAACUACAUGACCACUGAGAGAUUCAAGAUGGAUGUCAUCAGUCUGUUUCCCUUGGAGAUCCUCUACUGUUUCACGGGCGUCAACUCGCUGCUGAGGUUCCCUCGUCUGCUGAAGUACAUGGCUUUCUUUGAGUUCAACGACAGAAUGGAGGCUGUGAUGAAGAAGGCAUACAUCUACAGGGUGAUCCGGACCUCCACCUACCUGCUGUACUCUCUGCACAUCAAUGCUUGUCUCUUCUACUGGGGAUCAGACUAUGAAGGACUGGGGUCUACCAAGUGGGUCUACAACGGGAAAGGCAACGCUUAUAUUCGCUGUUACUAUUUUGCCGUGAAGACGUUGAUCACCAUCGGAGGACUCCCGGACCCCACCACCGUCUUUGAGAUCUGCUUCCAGCUCAUCAAUUACUUUGUUGGUGUCUUUGCCUUCUCCAUCAUGAUCGGUCAGAUGAGAGACGUGGUAGGAGCCGCGACCGCCGGGGAGAACUACUACCGAGCCUGCAUGGACAGCACCGUCAAGUACAUGAACUCCUACAACAUCCCCGGAGAGGUCCAGAACCGCAUUAAGACCUGGUACGACUAUACCUGGAAGAGCCAGGGCAUGCUGGAUGAACAGGAGCUGCUGAUGCAGCUUCCCGCUAAGAUGAGGCUGGACAUGGCCGUGGACGUCAACUACACCAUUGUCAGCAAGGUCGCCUUGUUUCAGGGCUGCGACAGACAGAUGGUGUUCGACCUGCUGACAAGGCUCAAGUCUGUGGUCUACCUGCCCGGAGACUUCGUCUGUAAGAAGGGGGAGAUCGGCAGGGAGAUGUACAUCAUUAAACAGGGGGAGGUUCAGGUGGUGGGCGGUCCAGACCUGCAGACGGUGUUUGUCACCAUUAGAUCCGGCUCUGUGUUCGGAGAGAUCAGUUUGCUGGCAGGAGGCGGGGGCAACCGACGGACUGCCAACGUAAAGGCGCACGGUUUCGCCAACCUCUUCAUCCUGGAUAAGAAGGACCUGGCAGAGAUCUUGGUGCACUACCCAGAGUCUCAGAAACUCCUCCGCAAGAAAGCCAAGACGAUGUUGACGAAGGACACAAAGCCAGACGAGAAGGCCGGAGCUAAAGAGGCGAUGCAGGUUAUUCCGCCGAGACCGGACACACCUGUAAUGUUCAAGGCGGCCUUGAAAGUGUCCCAGCAGGUGGGAAUAGAAGGGACCUUCACCAAACUGAGGAAGACCUACCAACAAGCUGAGACCACAGCAGAGGUGAGACACUGUCUCAGGACAGACAGAGUCCCCCCCCCCUCUCCGAUGCACCACCGUUCUCCGGUUCCUCUCGUGGCUGUUCAGGACCACGACGACGCUGUGUCGGAGUCCACCGACAGCGCGGUGGUCAUCAGGAUGAUGGCGAAACCGCGAGGAGAGGAGCUGCUCACUGUGGUGGAGAAGGAGUGA